CCUCGCUGCCUCGUGUCAGGCCGCGGGAGCCCAUGGAGGAAAAGGAGGAUAAGCAGCAAGAGCAUAAAAUAGAAGAUGGUGGUAUAGUGUAUGUAACUGGAAAAAAAGAAGAAAUCAAACAACCUGGAAAAAGUAUACAACAUUCAAAACCAUUUGUCGGGAGAGGACGUAUAUAUUAUGCAAAAUUCAUUCAUACAAAUGCAAGAACAUUGAAUGAACCAGUUCCCUACAUAGAUCCCAGAAAAGGGCCAGAAAAGCAGGGUGACUGGUGGUCACAUGGUAAAAGACUGGAGCAUCCCUUCCAACCACCUUAUGACACUAAAAGCACCCAGAGGAGUGACUUUCAAAAGCCAGCAUGUCCAUUGGUUUUGCCAGUCAAACACAGCAAGUUGCAAAAGCCUUCUUGUGGAAUAGUUCCACUUGCCUCUCCUGAUGCAUCAGCAGAACUUCAAAAGAAUUUUAUAGAACACAUCUCUUUUUUACAUCAAUAUGAUGCUAGGAAAACUCCCAACGAGCCCAUCCGGGGAAAGCGACAUGGAGCUUUUGUGCAGACAGAGAUAAAACCAGGGAGUAGGCCAAUAAUUCCUACGGGAACGGAGGUAUUACGGAAUGCUCUAGGGUCAUGCUCAUCAGAACAGUCCAAAAAAACAGAGAAAGGAAACUCAGCGGAAAGCAAAAUGAUCUCACCAGGUCUCUGCCGACAAAAUUCCCCAGAGCUGUUAGAGACUGAAACUCACUUAUCAGAAACAGACGUCAGAGAGGCAGCCAAGGCAUGCCCCAGAAGUCCUGAAAGAAGGGAGAAGGCUGCAGACAUCUUCCAAGCAACUGCAGUAAACGCUCUUCUCCCCAGGCAUGAUCAUUUCAAUCCACCAAUAAAAAGUCAGGAUAAGUCAGGAUAAAUUACCUUCUUCAGAUAAAAAUCUAAUCCUUGGGAUGGAGAGGAAUUAUGGAAUCACAGAAACCCUCACAGUUGCUUUUUUUGUUAUCGAUAACCUAAAUUUCAAUUUACAUAAAUGGGAAAAUGAAAAAAGACAAUUAAA